AAUACCAAAAAAAAUUAAAAGGUCCUAUAGCAGAGAAGAAAUACAUCGUCUACCAUUCCUGCCUCAUGAACCUGUUCGCCACAUGCCCUGUUUGCAGUUCCGAGUCGACUCGAACCAUCAAGAAGAUUGGCACCUUCAUAUCUGUCUCCCAGAGAUGUGUCAACAAACAUUGUGGAUUUGAAAGAACUUGGAACAGUCAACCAAUGUACAAUAGGAUCACAGCAGGGAAUGUUCUCCUAUCAAGCGCCAUUUUAUUUUCUGGGGCGAUUCCAUCCAAAAUCCUGCAGGUGAUGAGAAUCCUUGGUUGCCAGUCCAUCCAUAGGAACACUUUUUUCGUACAUCAGUCACGGCUCCUCUGGCCAGCUGUUCAGGAUGCAUGGAGACAAGAGCAGAGAGAAAUCUUGGAUGCUGUGAAGGAAGCAGAUUAUUCCUUGGUGGUUGGAGGUGAUGGGCGUUCUGAUACACCUGGGCAUUCAGCAAAGUAUGGCUGCUAUACACUCAUGGAUCUGGAGACGAAGAAAAUCCUGGACAUCGAACUUGUUCAGAUCUGGAAGAAGAAAAUCCUCAAGAUUUCAAAGGAAAAGGACUGCCAACUAGCAGCAGACUGGUGCUAGUCCAUGAUGAAUCAUGUGUAUUUCAUUGCAUCAAAAACACCGGA